AUGACCAGCCAUCAGGCAGUAAAAUCCUUCAAGAAAUCUUCUAUCCCAGGAGUUGUUAUCACCCAGUUUGUGGAUGAUAUUCCAAAAGGAUGCAGUACACCUGACUUUGAGCGGAAACCUGUCACACUGACAUUGCAGGAAGGUAAAAAUGCCAUUUUCAGGGCUGUGGUCAAAGGUGUCCCAACCCCUGACGUGAAAUGGACGCGUGCACAGGGAGGAAUGGAUGAUCCUGCCAAAUACGAAACAUUCUUCAAUAAUGCUACAAAUGAAUUCAUUCUGCAGAUAAACAAUCUCACUACAAAUGACAGUGAUUUGUAUCGUUUCUUUGCUGUGAAUGAGUAUGGGGAAGCUGCAUGCUCUGCCGGCCUCAGGAUCAUACAAGUUGGCUUUAAGAGAAAAGCAAGAUAUGUUCCUGUUCAUCCUGCUGAUGAGUUAAAGAAGAAGCUUCAGGACUUCAGGAAGCUGCUGAGGAAGCGGGCUCCAGUACCAAAACCAAAACCUUUGGACAAAGAAGCAGUCUGGCAACUGUUGCUGCAUGCAGAUAAGAGAGAUUAUGAGAAAAUCUGUAUGAAAUAUGGAAUUGUUGACUUCCGUGGGAUGCUGAGGAAGCUGCAGGAGUUGAGGAAGGACACAGAAAGUGAACAAGGAGAGUUAAUACACAGUAUCAAAAACUUUGAACAUAUCAAAGUCAACAAGGAGGGAAAAGCUACCUUCAGCCUGGUGAUGGACCUGAAAAAUAGUAACAGCAAAGUUUAUCUGCUUAAGGAUGGCGAGAGGCUCAGAUAUGGAACAGGGGAUGAAUACAGAAAGCACUGCCUGAGGCGAAUUGGAAAAAGGUAUAAUUUCAUUAUCAACGAUGUGCAGCCAGAAGAUGCAGGCGUGUAUCAAGUCAGAGUGGAGGACGUACCAGUUUUCUCAACUGAAUUAGAUGCUGAAUCCAUCCCUGUGAGGUUUGUGCAGCCACUCAGUGAUGUGCGUUGCCCUGAGGAAGAAGAUGCUGUCUUUGAGUGUCUCCUACGCACACCCUGCUACGAUGCUGUUUGGCUACACAAAACCCACCUUCUUGAGGCGAGUGAGAAGCACCAGAUCUCUGUAACACCUGACGGUCUGACCCACCAGCUGAUUAUCAAAAAUGUUGUGCCCUCUGACAACGGCAUGUACACGCUCGACACUGGACUCUGCUCCUCAAAUGCCUGGCUUAUUGUAGAGUAUGCCAAAGGAAAGAGGAGACAGGGUGAUGGAAGUGAAAGAGAGAAAUCUGAGUGGAUGAAAGAAACUUUGCCAGAUAACGACAGGGUGAAGAAACUUCGAAGCAGAGAAUAUGUUGGUGAUGAAGAUCAUCUUAUGGACAAUGGUGUGGAAAAAGAUGGCUGGUACAGAAAUGGUCAAGGCGGCAGUCAAGGCCACUCCAUUGAUGUUGAUGGAAGCCAUAGAUUUUUGGGAAAAGAAGGGCUACAUGGAGCCCACAGAAAUGGAAGGAUGGAGUUUGGGCAGUUUUCUGGAGCAGACUUAGAUGGAGACUCAGUGGCAAAUGAUGGUAGUAGCUUUGGACUAAAAGGUUUAGGAGGCAAAAGUGGAUUAAGGCCUUUCCGCAGCAAGGAUUCUGUGGAAGGCAAAGCAGAUACUGGUGAUGGAUUAGGAGGAGCAGGUGAAUGGUAUUCUGGGAAUGGCAGAGAUGAUGGUAAGCUGGAUGCUGUUAAUGUUGACAUGGAUGAUGGAGAUAGUGUGGGCUCUCAGCGUGACAAGGAUGGUAAAUUAGGUGAUGCUAGUUACAGAGCUAGCUUUGGGGGUGUUGGGAGAUUAGGUGCUAGUGAUGAAAGAUCUGUAUUAGAUGGACAUAAUGCUGCAGGUACUGAGACUGCAGGAGGAACGAGGUCCCCCUAUAGCAAGGAUGGACUGCCGACUGCAGAUUAUAUGAAUGGAGCAAGUAUAAACAGAGAAGGACAAACAGGGACUCCCUAUGGCAAGGAUGGCCUGACAUUUCAUGCUAGCAGUCAUUUAGGUCAGGCAGGAAAAUCUGGCUUGCUAUAUGCUCCAGGUGGUCUUUCGGCUGGAGAUAGGGCAAUAUCUGAUGCAAGCAGCAGUUCUACAAGGGAAAUGGAGGCUUCAUAUGGUCCAGAUGGUCAGCCAGUUGGAGCAGGUGCUGGUGAUGCUGGUGAAGGGGGAUUUGGGUCUCUGUAUGGUAAGGAUGGUCUCCUUGGGUCUCCGUACGGAAAGGAUGGUCUUCCAGCAGGGGCUAGUCUUGGUGCUGCUGGUGCAGAAGGAGUUGGGUCUCUGUAUGGAAAGGAUGUUGGCACUGGCAUUGGUGGUGCUGGUGUAGCUGGUGCAGGGGGAGUUGGGUCUCCCUAUGGAAAGGAUGGUCUCCCAGUAGGAGCUGGCAUUGGUGGUGCAAGUGUAGCUGGUGCAGUGGGAGUUGGGUCUUCCUAUGGAAAGGAUGGUCUCCCAGCUGGGUCUGGCAUUGGUGGUGCUGGUGUAGCUGGUGCAGGGGGAGUUGGGUCUCCUUAUGGAAGGGAUGGUUAUGCAGUUGGUGCUGGCAUUGGUGGUGCUGGUGUAGCUGGUGCAGGGGGAGUUGGGUCUCCUUAUGGAAAGGACGGUCUUGCAGCUGGUGCUGGCAUUGGUGGUGCUGGUGUAGCUGGUGCAGGGGGAGUUGGGUCUCCUUAUGGAAGGGACGGUCUUGCAGCUGGUGCUGGCAUUGGUGGUGCUGGUGUAGCUGGUGCGGGGGGAGUUGGGUCUCCUUAUGGAAAGGACGGUCUUCCAGUUGGUGCUGGCAUUGGUGGUGCUGGUGCAGGGGGAGUUGGGUCUCCUUAUGGAAAGGAUGGUCUCCCAGCUGGUGCUGGCAUUGGUGGUGCUGGUGUAGCUGGUGCAGGGGGAGUUGGGUCUCCUUAUGGAAAGGACGGUCUUCCAGUUGGCGCUGGCAUUGGUGGUGCUGGUGCAGGGGGAGUUGGGUCUCCUUAUGGAAAGGAUGGUCUCCCAGUUGGUGCUGGCAUUGGUGGUGCUGGUGCAGGGGGAGUUGGGGGAGUUGGGUCUCCUUAUGGAAAGGAUGGUCUCCCAGCUGGCACUGGCAUUGGUGGUGCUGGUGUAGCUGGUGCAGGGGGAGUUGGGUCUCCUUAUGGAAAGGAUGGUCUUCCAGUUGCUGGUGCUGGCAUUGGUGGUGCUGGUGUAGCUGGUGCAGGGGGAGUUGGGUCUCCUUAUGGAAAGGGUGGUCUCCCAGCUGGUGCUGGCAUUGGUGGUGCUGGUGUAGCUGGUGCAGGGGGAGUUGGGUCUCCUUAUGGAAAGGAUGGUCUUCCAGUUGGUGCUGGCAUUGUUGGUGCUGGCAUUGGUGGUGCUGGUGCAGGGGGAGUUGGGUCUCCUUACGGAAAGGAUGGUCUCCCAGUUGGUGCUGGCAUUGGUGGUGCUGGUGUAGCUGGUACAGGGGGAGUUGGGUCUCCUUAUGGAAAGGACGGUCUUCCAGUUGGUGCUGGCAUUGGUGGUGCUGGUGCAGGGGGAGUUGGGUCUCCUUAUGGAAAGGACGGUCUUCCAGUUGGUGCUGGCAUUGGUGGUGCUGGUGUAGCUGGUGCAGGGGGAGUUGGGUCUCCUUAUGGAAAGGACGGUCUUCCAGUUGGCGCUGGCAUUGGUGGUGCUGGUGCAGGGGGAGUUGGGUCUCCUUAUGGAAAGGACGGUCUUCCAGUUGGCGUUGGCAUUGGUGGAGCUGGUGUAGCUGGUGCAGGGGGAGUUGGGUCUCCUUAUGGAAAGGAUGGCUUCCCAGCUGGUGCUGGCAUUGGUGGUGCUGGUGUAGCUGGUGCAGGGGGAGUUGGGUCUCCUUAUGGAAAGGAUGGUCUCCCAGUUGGUGCUGGCAUUGUUGGUGCUGGCAUUGGUGGUGCUGGUGCAGGGGGAGUUGGGUCUCCUUAUGGAAAGGACGGUCUUCCAGUUGGUGCUGGCAUUGGUGGUGCUGGUGCAGGGGGAGUUGGGUCUCCUUAUGGAAAGGAUGGUUUCCCAGCUGGUGCUGGCAUUGGUGGUGCUGGUGUAGCUGGUGCAGGGGGAGUUGGGUCUCCUUAUGGAAAGGGUGGUCUCCCAGCUGGUGCUGGCAUUGGUGGUGCUGGUGUAGCUGGUGCAGGGGGAGUUGGGUCUCCUUAUGGAAAGGAUGGUCUUCCAUCUGGUGCUGGCAUUGUUGGUGCUGGCAUUGGUGGUGCUGGUGCAGGGGGAGUUGGGUCUCCUUAUGGAAAGGAUGGUCUUCCAGUUGGUGCUGGCAUUGGUGGUGCUGGUGCAGGGGGAGUUGGGUCUCCUUAUGGAAAGGACGGUCUUCCAGUUGGUGCUGGCAUUGGUGGUGCUGGUGUAGCUGGUGCAGGGGGAGUUGGGUCUCCUUACGGAAAGGAUGGUCUCCCAGCUGGCACUGGCAUUGGUGGUGCUGGUGUAGCUGGUGCAGGGGGAGUUGGGUCUCCUUAUGGAAAGGACGGUUUUCCAGUUGGUGCUGGCAUUGGUGGUGCUGGUGCAGGGGGAGUUGGGUCUCCUUAUGGAAAGGAUGGUCUCCCAGCUGGUGCUGGCAUUGGUGGUGCUGGUGCAGGGGGAGUUGGGUCUCCUUAUGGAAAGGAUGGUCUCCCAGCUGGCACUGGCAUUGGUGGUGCUGGUGUAGCUGGUGCAGGGGGAGACGGUCUUCCAGUUGGUGCUGGCAUUGGUGGUGCUGGUGUAGCUGGUGCAGGGGGAGUUGGGUCUCCUUAUGGAAGGGACGGUCUUGCAGCUGGUGCUGGCAUUGGUGGUGCUGGUGUAGCUGGUGCGGGGGGAGUUGGGUCUCCUUAUGGAAAGGACGGUCUUCCAGUUGGUUCUGGCAUUGCUGGUGCUGGUUUAGCUGGUUCAAAGGGCAUUGGUUCUUUAUAUGGGAAGGAUGGUCUCCCAACUGGGUCUGUGGCAGGAGAUGCUCAGUUUCCUUUUGGAGGUGAAGAAGGAAUGGGACCUUCCCAUGGCAGGGAUGCCAUGGUGAACAGGGCUGAAGGAUAUAUCGGUGGAGCAGGCAGAGAUGGCUUUUCCUCAGGAGGCAGUAGUCUUGGUGGUUCUGCAAGACGGGGUGCUGGGUCUCCCUAUGGCAAGGACAGUGGGUCAGCUGGAGCCAGGGCUGCUCUGGGUGGUGUUGGCAGGUUGGGAGGUGAUGAAAGGAAGUUACAUGGUAAAGAAGGUGUGGUGGGUGCUGUUGGACAAGGUGGUAAAUAUGGGUUGGAUUCACAUCCUGGCAAAUCUACUGGAGGUGAAACUAGAAAGGGCACUGCCAGUCAUUUCAGAGGAUCAGGGAACAAAGGUUCAUCUGGUGACAGAGAUUCACUUUUGGGUCAAGUAGAUGCCAGAGGUGAGGGCAGAGAUUUAGGACAGUUAGGAUCCCUUUAUGGCAAGAAUUCUGCCUUUGGAGGGGCAGGGAGUAAAUCCCGUAACAGAUCUGUUGAUGAGAGGAAUUCAGGUAGUUUUGGUCAAGGUUCAUUGGAUUAUGGUCAGAUGUCAGAUCUUUAUGGUGGACCUCUUUCAAUAAAACAGAGAAAACAAGAACCCAGCCUUAAUGUUAAAGCAAAUGAUUUCUUAAAGAAUGCAGAAAGUAUGGGAAAAAGAAGACGUUAUUGCCUAGAUGAUCUGAAAGCACCACGCUGUCAUGUCAACAAACACUUACUUGAUGUCAGAGUCCUGAAAGGGGAACCAGCUGAGCUGUCUUGCACUGUCAGUAAAGAUGAAGUGACAGGAACCUGGUUUAAAGAUGGAUUAAAGUUAACAAACAUGGAUGGGGUCUUUUUUGAAAAGGAAGGUCUAGUCCACAAACUAAUUAUUAAUAAAGUGGAAGAUAUUCAUGCUGGGAAAUACAGGUUUGAAGGUGGAGAUAUAAAAACUGAAGCUUCAGUUUUUGUUGAAGAUCCUCCACAGGUUGACAAAGUUCUCCUCAAAAACUUAACAAGCGUUCCUACUGUGGCCAAGGCAGGCCAGAAUGUAAAGAUCAAGAUCCCAUUUGAGGGCCGGCUGCCAGUCAGAGCAAUGUGGCUAAAGGACAGAAUGGAGCUGGUCGAUGACACAAGGAUUCGUGUUGAUAAAACAGAGACCUUUACCAUGCUGUCCAUCUCCAGCAGUGAGAGAAAGGACUGUGGAGAUUACAAAGUCAGGCUGAAGAAUGACAGUGGGGUCCUGGAGAUCAACUUAAAGCUUGUGGUAAUAGACAAGCCACAGCCACCUGCAGGACCCAUCAAAAUUGUAGAAAGCUCUGCAAACGAUAUCACCAUUCAGUGGAAUCCCCCAAAAGAUGAUGGGGGCAAACCAGUGCAAAGCUACAUUGUUGAGAGUCAGCAGAUAGGCAAGAACGACUGGGUGACUUUGGGAGAAACCCCCAGGAGCUGUACUACCUUCACUACUAACAAAGUGGAACAAGACACGAGUUACUACUUCAGGGUGAGAGCUGUGAAUGCCGAGGGAACUAGUGAUGCACUGGAAUCAGAUGAAGUGAAGGCUGUCAGUAAAGCUUCACCUGGUGCCCCAGAUCCCCCUGAGAUUGUCAGUGCCAGCAGAGACACCAUCACAAUAUCCUGGAAAGCACCUCGUAAGACUGGCAGUUCCCGAAUUGUGGGAUAUAUCAUUCAAAAACGCAAGAAGGGUACCAUGACCUGGCUGCCAGUCAACAAUGUGCCUGUAGCAGACAAGAAGCUGAAAAUGACCAAUCUCAAGAGAGGUCUGCAGUAUGAAUUUCGUGUGGCAGCUGUCAAUGCUGCUGGCGUAGGAGAUGCCAGUGAACCAUCACAGCCUGUCUUUGCACGGGAUUCCACAAAAUCUCCAGGUCAAGUGCAGGACCUUAAAGUGAGCAGCAGUGACAGCACUAGUGUCACCUUGACAUGGAAGAGACCUGAAGCAAAAGAUGGGAGUGAUGUGAGAGGCUAUGACGUGGAGAUGCGGUCUUCUAACAACUUCAACUGGACCAAAUGCAAUGCUCUCCCCAUCAAGGUGACCGCUUACACAGUUAAAGGCCUCCAAGCCAAGGAGGUGUACUUCCUACGUGUGAGAGCCCUCAAUGACAGUGGCCCAGGAGAAGCUGCAGAGCUUGAAGCUUGCACUGAAGCUGCUUCCCCUAUAGUUUCUCCCAGGUUACUAAUAGAUGACACAGUGAAAAGCUUCCUGGUUAUAAAAGCAGGAAAUACCAUCCGAGUGAAUAUUCCCUUUGAAGCAUCUCCAGAUCCAGUGGUGACCUGGUUGAAGGAUGGGCUUCCUCUUCCAAAACGGGCUACAAUAAACACCAAGGACGGCACCACCCAGCUGCUGAUCGGAGCAGCUGAGUUCAGUGACAGUGGCACCUACACCAUUGAGCUCCAGAAUGGGUUAGGGAAAAGAGAAACAUUCAGCUUCCAAGUUCAAGUUACAGAUAUCCCACAGUCGCCUGGACCCAUUCGAUUGGAAGAGAAUGUGCCCAAUACAGUGACAGUAACCUGGGAGCCAUCAGCAUCUGAGAAAUGGGAAAGUAAUCUCUACUACACAGUCCUGAAACGUGAAUCACAAAAGGGCUUGUGGCAUGUGGUGGGUGACCUGAUCUACACCAACAAGUUCACAUUCACCAAACUGAUCCCAGGCCGGGACUACUACUUUAGGGUUGUGGCAAAAAAUGACUUGGGAGCCAGUGGUCCAUCUGAAACUGUGAAGCCUUGGAGAAUUCGAAAACAAAAGGCCGAAUUUCAAGUCAAACCACAGAAAUACAGGGGAGUUAAUCAAAACCAACCCCCGAGAUUCCUUGUCUGGUUGAAGCCCCAUGUGGUGAUUACUGGGAGUGAGUGCCACAUGAGCUGUGCGGUUGGAGGCCACCCACCUCCAAAGAUCACAUGGUACAAGGACAGUAGAGACCUCUCCAAUGAUCCUACCUAUUUUUGCACAAACGACUUUGGUGUCUGCUCCCUGGUCAUUCCAGGUGUCACAAAACAUGAUGAAGGAGAAUAUAUGGUAGAAGCCACCAAUGAAUCGGGCCGUGCAUUCAGCAAAGCCUUCCUCACUAUUAAAGGUAACAGUCUUUAA